AAACAAACGUAUGGAUACCAAUGUGGCAUCGUUAUCCUCGUUAACCUCAAUAUUUAUUUAUCUACCCACGGUUCAUGCAUACAGAGAUGAGCCGGAUAAAGUGAACACAUUUUUCGACUAUUGUAUUAUGAUAUUGAUACCAGUUUUGCUUGUGGAUCUCAGUCAACAAAAAGAAUACAACGGGAACAUUGCUGUAGCCGAACAGGUUCUUACCGGGAUCUCCGGUUUGGCGCUACUAAUAUACAUGUCGGUAAAAUCACAAAAUCCUUUUAUUGAUGCUGUACCAGUAAUCGCAACCAUAGUUGCGGCCGUUCUUUGGCUGUUUGCAAUUAUUUACAUAAUACGCCGUAAACGAAAGCAUUACAAAAGGUACUACGAGAUGUUGCCUCAAACACGUUUCUGGUGGCUUCACUUUGAUGGCUUUAUAAAUGAUCGGAAAAUACCAGUCAUUAUGUCCUUAUCAUAUGCCGUUCCAGUAUACAUGCACGUUAUUUGCAAGGACUCGUUUAUUUCAAUAUGGGCUUCCAACGGAUUAUGGACCAGAUGGAUGCCUUCUUAG